CUAGCGAUCACAUUUCCUCCCUUUUCCUGUCUGUGGUGAUUGAAUUCAAGUUCACUGACAGCAGCCACUGCUUAAUUAACUUCUGCUUAACUUCACGCUGUAAACUUUGAUUAAAAUGGGCAAACGUGUAGCGGUUGUUUUGGCAGGUUGUGGAGUUUUUGACGGGAGUGAAAUCCACGAAACGUCGGCUGUGCUGGUGCAUCUAAGUCGAGGCGGUGCAACUGUGAAAAUGUUUGCGCCGAACAUCGAGCAGAUGCACGUUGUAGAUCAUCUGAAGGGAGCUCCGACGGAGGAGAAGAGAAACGUGCUGGUGGAGAGCGCACGGCUCGCCCGCGGAAAGAUCCAGGACCUGUCCCAGCUGGACGUGAAGGAGCUGGACGCCGUCAUAUUCCCCGGCGGGUUCGGCGUGGCGAAGAACCUGUGCACGUGGGCGGUGCAGGGGAAGGACUGCUCGGUGAACGAGCAGGUGAAGGCCGCCUUGCAGGCCUUCCACGGCGCGGGGAAGCCCGUGGGCCUCUGCUGCAUCUCCCCCGUCCUGGCCGCCAAGGUCUUCCCGGGCUGCGAGGUCACCGUGGGUCACGACGCCGACGCCAGGGCUCCUGAUGUCCCGGGGACGGCUGAGGCCAUCGCUCAGCUGGGCUGCAAACACGUCUGCAAGAACGUCAGCGAGACGCACGUGGACCAGAAGAACAAGAUCGUCACCACCUGCGCCUUCAUGUGUGAAGCGCCGCUCCACGAGAUCUUCGACGGCAUCGGGGCCAUGGUGCAGGACGUGCUCAAACUCGCGUAGAGUUCGCGGAAGAAGACAAACGCCCCAAGCGCUCACACCAUGGCAAUAAGGAACCGUUUAUCAUGUAUAAAUAAAUAAACACACAUGAUCACUAUG